AACACAUUUAAAGGAGCUUUCAGAGAGCAGAUCUCAACAGGAAUGAACUCCCUCUCAUGCAUUGUGCAUCUCUCUCCUUGACAAGUGGAGCGUUAGUUGUUCCCUUGAAGCUUUGGACACUCUUGGUUCAGUUCCUGUAGGUUUGCAAGACCUGAUCAACUUCCCUCUUUCACAGUUUCUCCCUUUCCAGUUUUCAAAGAUGACCUGGACGGCGAAUUUUGUCACUCUGGCCAUAUUGUUUCUUUGGCGGGUGGAAGAAAUAGCAGAAGCUUGCAGCUGCUCCCCGGCGCAUCCUCAGCAGGCGUUUUGCAGCUCAGACGUCGUUAUCAGGGCGAAGUUGGUUGGAGAGGGGGAGGUUGAUGUUGGCAAUGACAUCUAUGGAAACCCCAUCAAACGGGUCAAGUAUGACAUCAAACAGAUCAAGAUGUUCAAAGGUCCGAACCAGGAUAUCGAUGCCAUCUACACGGCACCAUCCUCUGCGGUGUGUGGAGUGAGUCUGGAGACUAACGGCAAAGAGUAUCUGAUCACAGGCAAAUUGGAGAGUGAUGGGACGAUGCAUGUCACACUGUGUGACUUCAUCGAGCAGUGGGAGGAACUGAGUGCCACCCAGAAGAAGAGCCUGACUCAGCGCUACGAAAUGGGCUGUGAUUGCAAGAUCACUCGCUGCACCUCCAUCCCCUGCGUGCUCAGCAGCCCGGCCGAGUGCCUGUGGUUGGACUGGGUGAUUGAGAAGACGGUCAACGGAAAGCAGGCCAAACACUUUGCUUGUAUCAAGAGGAGCGAUGACUCUUGCGCCUGGUACAGAGGGUCAGCGCCGCCCAAGAGGGAAUUCAUGGACAUCGAAGACCCUUAGCUCCACCGCUGUCCAGUAGUCUGAAAAUGUUUUGAGAUAAGACUAAGAUAUAAAAACCAAAAAAAACAUCAAUAAAUACACAAAUCGAGUUUUGUUUGUCCUUGCAAAGAAGAACGCCAUAGGGUGUGUGCUCUGUGGUGAGGUCGAAAGGGUGAAAUAGUUUUAUUUGCGGGACUCUUAAUGUUUUUUUUUUUUUAACUGCAGUCUUCUGAAUUCAGCACUUUCAGACACUUCUACUCCUAAAUCUGAAGCACUUCAUCAUAAACCACUCCUCCCUCUGCUGAAAUAAAGUGAUAGUCAUUAUUAACUUUAACUGUUUUUGGCAUUUUUCGUUUCUGUGCUACCAUGUCUUAUUCUAAUCAAAGGCAGUGUUUAAAGUGAAAUAUAUUUCCAUAGUGCUACACAAACAUACCUAUCAGUCAAAGUGUAACAAUCGUGUGAAUCUGUGAAAUCAGUCAGUAUCCUGAUUUGUGACAGCACAGCUUUUACAAGGAAGCAGGGAUAACUAUUGCUACUCCUGCCUCUGAUUCCUUUUUUUUUUUUGCCGUAAACAAAAAAACAUCCCCCUUUGUUUGAGGUGUGGCUAACCUGUUUCUUGUAAUUGUUUUAUUCUAGAUAACCUGGAAUAGAAAAGUAUGCACUUUGAACAUGAUUGUCACACCAGCCAUAUUGUCUCUAAUGGAAACUUUUGGGAAAAAAAGAGGCUUGAAUGCUCCUUCUUGUACUUUUAUAUAACAUCUCAUUGGUAUGCUUUAGUGUAAAAGCAUAUUUAAUUUAAGGAGGUUAAAUGAUGAAUCAUAUUUAAUAGAAGAAACGCCACAUUUUUAUGUUUAUUGUGACAAAUGAACCAUUGGUGUUAGCCAUAUAGACACAUAUUUGGUGUGCAUUAAAGGUCAAACAGCUGGCCUUAUUGUUAACAGACAGUACAUUAAAGAACAAAUUGUAACUAAUGAAGCACUGUCUUGCAGAGCUGUUAAUGUUACCGCAAAAGUAUUGAUAUUGUUUUGUUAUUUUAAUACUUAAUAUGAGACUGUAAAAUGAUUCUUUAUUUGAAACUGUAGUCAAGUAUGAUGUCUUGUGCUGGUUUCACAUGAGACUUUUGAUGUGAUUUUUGCAUGCGUGUUCAUUUGAAACAAUACUGUACAUUUUUUUUACUAUUAUAUUAAAUGCCAAACCCUGUUUUAAA